AACGGACUGGAUUUGAACCAACACAACGAUUCAAAAGUCCACCUACUCACAACUCAAUAUGGCGAGCGCAAUAUCUAUCGAAGAAACGAAUCGACUUCGUAUAUCACUGGGACUGGCGCCUUUGCCAGUACCAGGAGUCGGGCCCGUUUUCAAAGACGCCACCAAAUCCUCUCCGGACGACGAAGAAGUGGCGAGCACUCUUGAGUCGCGACAAGCAGAAAGCUACGCGAAUUACCAGAAGCUUCAAGAUGCCGAAGAAGCCAGGCGCAAGCGGGAUGCGAAAGCAGAGGCCAUCAAGAAGGCUCGCGAUGCUGCGAGACGAUUCGCCAAACUCGAAGGCAAGGGCCUCGGGGAGGCCGACGAGGGCGACCAGGAUGCUAAGAGCUGGCUCAUCAAACAAAAGAAGCGCCAACGCGAGAUUGAGAAGGCUCGAAAACUCGAAAAGGAACGAAUAGAGGCUGAGAAGGAAGCGGAAUAUACGGAAAAGGAUCUCGCGGGAGUCAAGGUUGGCCAUGAGCUGGGCACAUUCCAGGAAGGAGAGGACCACGUCCUUACCCUGAAGGACACAACUAUUGACGAGAAUGAAGAGGAAGGAGAUGAGCUGGAGAACACAGAUCUGAGAGAGCGGGAAAAGCUCAAGGAUUUGUUGGAAUUGAAGAAGAAGAAGCCGGUUUACAACCCCAACGAUAUCGAUGACUCGGAGGAUAGGACCAUUUUAUCGCAUUAUGAUGUUGAGAUUGAGGGCAAAAAAUCCAGCAGGUUCACUCUGGAUGGGCAGGGAAGCACAAAAGAGCAACUGGAAGCGAUCAAAAGUGGCGCAACACUGGGAAUGAAACCAAAGGCUAUCAGCCUUGAUUUUUUGAAGGACGAGCCAUCUUCUGAUUAUAUAGAUGCUGCAGAUAUCAAGAUCCGCAAGCCAAAGAAGAAGAAGGCCAAGUCUACAAGGCAGAGGGCCGUCGAUGAAGACGACAUUGUCCCACCAGUGGAUGAAGUACUAGCGGAUAGCAACGAUAUGGAAAUUGACUCGGGAGCCCGGAUUAUAAAGAAGCGAACAUACGAAGACGUCUCAUUCGUUGAUGACGACGACCUACAAGCAUCACUUGCGGCACAACGGCGGAAUGCGCUCAAGAAAAGGAAGCGAGUCAGGCCCGAGGAUAUCGCAAAGCAACUUCGUGCGGAAGCUGCUACCCCUGACACUACUGAAGAAGAAGAGUCGACGGGGCUUGUGAUAGAUGAGACCUCGGAAUUUGUAGCCAAUCUUCAGAAGCCAGAGGCACCGGAAGUUAAGAGGCCGCGCGUUGCACCGAAACACACAGAUAUCGCUACAACGAUGGGCGCAGAGUCAGACGAAGAUGGAGAUGUCAAUAUGGAGCAGCAAUCAUAUGCUAAUAUUGAAGAUCACGAGGAUUUGCAGGAGCGCCUCAAGCGCGAGGAGGAGAAUAUUUCCAGUAUGGGAAUGGAUGACGAGGCCACCCUUGAUAAGGGCCUAGGUUCGACACUGAAGCUCCUCAAGGAUAGAGGUAUUCUCAAGACCUCGGAAUCUGGUGAUCGCAAUGCCAUCUUCAGAGAGAAGCAACUUUUCCUCGCCGAGAAGCAGCGGAGGGAAGCUGCCGCCGAACUCAAGGCACGCCAGCAACGUGAGAGGGAUCGUGCCACUGGGCGCCUCGACCGAAUGUCCGCACGAGAGAAGGAGGACUACGCACGCCAGCAGAACACCUACCGUGAUCAGCAGGAGUCGAGGCAACUUGCGGAACAUUUCAAUAAGGAAUAUAGGCCGAAUGUGGAGCUUAAAUAUACUGAUGAGUUCGGGCGAAAUAUGAACCAGAAAGAAGCCUUCAAGCACCUUAGUCAUCAGUUCCAUGGCAAGGGAAGCGGCAAACAGAAGACAGAGAAGUUGUUGAAGAAGAUUGAGGACGAGAAGAGGAGAGAGGCACAGAGUUUACUGGACUCCAGCCAGCUGACGGGCAUGAGCGGCGCCGUUGGCCAACAGUUGAAAAAGCAGAGACAGGCUGGUGUCAGACUUGCUUGAGCCUUGUACGAUGGAUGAUGAAUCUAUAUAAAGGUGCAAGCCCCAAAUAAUAUCAUGGAAUUCAUUGCUGACAAAAUCAUGACCGCAUUUAUGAUAUAUACGCAUUUUCGAUAUGGGUGAAGGUAACAUGUUGUUUUACAUUGAUCGUACAAAGCCAAACCGGCUCAUGAUUCUAAUAUCCCUCUAUACCGUAACCUUUCCCGGCUUUCCCUCCUCGGCCAUAAACUGUACAUCC